UCGAAAACUUCACUAUAGAGUCUUUUAAGGGCAAUGAUGCAUUAUGUGGAAUCCCAAGGUUUAAUGUACCACUUUGCAACCAUAAUGUUUCCAAACACAAGUCAAGGAUGAAAAGGGCACGCUUAGCUUUAUUUAUUGUUAUUGGGGUUGUCGCAUUUAUCUCGCUUCUCUCAUUGACCUUCAUAUUCGUAAGAUACCGAAGAAAACAUAAGGCAAUUAAUGGAAUUGACGGGCUGGUUCCCACUGUACCUCCAGAAAGAAUUUCGUAUUACGAACUCCUACAAGCAACCGAACAGUUCAGUGAAACGAAUUUACUCGGCGUGGGGAGUUUUGGUUCUGUGUACAAAGCCGCUCUAAGAGAUGGGAAGAUUUUCGCCGUCAAGGUCUUCAAUGCCCUAUCGGAAGCUGCUUCUAAGAGCUUUGAAGUCGAAUGUGAGGUACUACGAAACAUUCGUCACAGAAAUCUCACCAAAGUCAUUAGCAGUUGCUCUAACGAGGAUUUCAAGGCACUCGUACUUGAAUACAUGCCAAAUGGAAACCUCGAAAAAUGGCUAUAUUCACACAACUAUUGCUUGGAUCUCAUGCAAAGAUUGAACAUAAUGAUUGAUGCCGCAUGUGCUUUGGAAUAUCUUCACCAUGGCUAUUCGACCCUCAUUGUUCAUUGCGAUUUGAAGCCAAGCAAUGUGUUGUUAGAUGAAGAAAUGGUUGCCCAUGUGAGUGAUUUCGGGAUAGCAAAAUUGAUGGGCGAAGGUGAGAGCAGUGUGCACACCAACACCCUAGCAACAAUGGGUUACAUUGCACCAGAGUAUGGUUUGGAAGGGCUAGUUUCGACAAGGUGUGAUGUUUAUAGCUAUGGAGUGAUG